GGCUCCUGCACUCCGCCGCCGCCCUCUUCUUCCUGCCCACCGUUCGCUGCUCUCGCCGCCUCAGGUCGUCUUGUCUUUGCGGCCAUGGUCGUCGUGACACUAUCGCACACAGUCUCGUCCUCUCCUGUCCUUCUGUGCCUCUCCCUCCAUGAAAUUGAGCCCGAAGUCUUCGUGACCACAACACGCAAAUACUGACUCGACUCUCCUACGUCGCCUGCACAUUUGACACUACCCCCUCGGGAAAACCACACUAUUUGCCGCCUAGACAUUGUCAUUUCUGCUGCAUGAACAGGCGUCUCCACUGUCGUGAUCGGCAACCUGCGAGCCCCAUCAUCCGGCUGAGCCAGAGCCUGUGCCUGAAUCUGUGCCUGUAUCUGCUCCGUACGUGUGCCUCCUCCUCCUCCUCCUCGUCGCUCUUCUGUCCUCGCCCGCCCCCUCCCCGCGCCGUACCGAUUUGUGCCUUGCCACGGUACCCGUCGUACUCGAAUUCGAAUAUCCUGACAUCCAAUCCAGUCUAGCUAUUGUCCAAGGGGCCAUCCUGCCUCCUGCCUCCUGCCGUCCAGCAACAAACCACAACGGUGCAUCAGAGGUCAGCAAAAGUGGAGCAGCAACCGGCCGACUCCUUUGCCCAUUAUCCCAGAAAGGCAGAAGCCCCCGAUCCUAUCCUUGCCCUGCAACACCCUCUCCCGUGUCCAGACCGUCCGUCGUGCUUGUCCUCCCUUCUCCCACUCUCCUUGACCUACCGGCAAACUCUCGCACACACGCUCUCUGCCUCUUCAUCGCUCUCCUCCGGCCCUGGCGACAAUCCAAAUCUCCAUUCUACCAGCACAUCUUAUCCUUUCCGAACUGGGGACUGGUCCUCAAUUCCGUGUAUCCUUCCACCGACCGCUUCACGCCCAGCCCUGAUCUUGUCAAUCUUCACUUCUCGACUGACUCUCGCUACGAUUCGGGGGCCACAGCCGGCCAUUUCUGAUCGACCAACCAUCGCAUCACUUGACCAAGGCCUCCACAGGCUUCCUUCCAUUGACCUGACCUGCAGUCUGCGGUCUGCGCCUGUCCACCGGCUGUGCAUGGCUGUGCAAUUCUUCGCCACCUGCCUGGAUUGAUCCCCCCCCUUUUCGCGACACUUUGCUGUCCCACGCCGACUUCGUCGUACCGAAUCGAUCGAUCCCGCGAACUCCUCGUCGACCAUUCGACUCAAUUCGAUCGACCCUACCGCUCGCUCAAGUCGUCAUGCGAUUGCGUUGAUUACUUGAUCCGCUUUGAGGCUUUCCUUUGGUGUAGACGUCGCCCAAUCCUACGUCUUGAAGCAAGAUCCUCUCGAUUGCGGUCUACCAGAUUUCACCAUGUCGUCGUCCCAGCCCAUGGGGCAGCCUAAGCCAAAGGUUGCACUUAACAACAUAUGCUCUGCCGUAUAUAAUAACACACUGUAUACUUACUCAGCAGAUGCUUUCCAAUCCUUGAGCCUGGAGAAAGGGUCCCAGUGGAAGACCUUGAAGCAGGGAGAAGGCGUCUCCGGAGCUGCCUGUGUCAGUUCGAAAUCGGCAUUUUACGUCGUGGGCGGGACUGGAGGCUCGGCGGACUACCCAGGCCUUCAAAGAUAUACUUACGAGACCGGCACCUGGGACUCGAUCGCUCCUGUAGUCCCUGUCACUCAGAACAGAACUGACCAUGGCGCCGUCUAUCUCGAGGGCUCCGAUUCCAUCGUUGUCUACGCAGGCAGUCAGCUCGGCGACACGAACCCCUCGACCCAGACUUUCAGCAUCAGCGCCAGCGAGCCUUACUCUGUGCUUGCUUACCAGAACGAAGGCGCCCCCCCGACGUCCAAGCCUAUUUUGCUUGGAUGGUCAGACCAACAGGCCGCCAUGGUUGGUGGCAGCGCUACAAACACGCAGGUCAUGCUCUUCACAGUCGGUGCUGGAUGGUCCAACUCGGGAGCCACUCUGGCAUCGCCACUGAAAACAGGCACUGAGCAGUGGCAGGCCGUUCUGGUUGACGGCGACGAUGGUUCCAAGAACCUUAUUACUUUUGACAUGUCAGUGUCACCUAAUGUCGCCAAUCGCACUGUUUUGAUCGAUGAGCACGGAGCCCCGGUUACGAAGGCCUCGGCUAUCACAACACGAUCGGAUGAACGCAGGCGGUCGGGUCAGGACGGAAUCAGACGGCAGACAUCCGCACUGACGCAAGAGAACUGGCCAACUUAUAAUUCCACGUAUGCAUCAACCGCGGUCCGCAGCAAUUUUGCCGCAGCGGAGUCAGAUGAUGGGCAGGUUGUGCUUUCGGGUGGCAAUGAAGACGACGUCCUGUGUAUCUUCAACGCCAAGACCAACAGCUGGGUAAACGCCACGGCGCUUUUGGAAGACGACACUCAGAAGGUCCUGUCCGUGUCUUCCUCGUCCUCGUCUUCAAGCUCUGCCACUGCUACUUCCACAACAGCCAGCGGCACCCUGUUCGCCACGCUGACUCCUACGGCAACCCCGGAGACCUCCGCGGUAGCUGGGACCACCCCGACCCAUUCGUCUACGACUUCGAGCUCGUCAUCCGGACUGGGCACCAACGGUAUCCUCGGUGUUGUUCUAGGUUCAAUUGGUGGUGCUCUGGUUCUACUUAUUCUGCUCUACUGCCAGAUUCGAAAGCGGAAGAGAACGCAAGACUUUAUCCAAGCCGGCCACGCCAGACGAUCCAGUGGUGCUUCAGAGAGGCCGGAGAAGGAGGGCAUGGCUGUUGUUACGGAGAGCUACCCUCGCUCUCCUACAAACCCGACGUUCAUGCGCUCGCAUCAGCCAAAGGCCUCGACAGCCUCGUUCUCUUCAAUGGCAAUCUUGAUGGGCAAGGGACCUAAGAGUUCAAUGGAAGGAGGACCCAGGCCUGGUUCCAGCAACAAACAGAUGAAGACGAUGGGCGGUACGGGUCAGACGGCGCCUAUGCGUCCCGCCCCGGCCCUUGCGCCAGAUCUGAGAGACGAAAAGGGCGUGUCCUUCGCUGCCGACACAGCUGAGCCCCGUCCAGGUCUGCGGGUACCAGCCGAUCAACAGGAUGGGCUACGACGAAGCUCCGGUUGGAACCGCUACUGGUCUGGUGACAGUGCUGCUCUCAAUAUCCUGGGCUACGGAACCGGACAACAGACGAAUCGGAACACAGUAGCCUCGGAAACCUCGGAAUACUCUAACACCGGCCCUGGCAUCGACCCCCGUUACCGCAUGACAAAGGACAGCGCAACGGUUCCGCCACUAAACGUGGACGAUGGAAGGCCUCGUUUCAACCGGGUCAACUCUGGAUCACCGACCGUUAGCAACUAUCCCGCCGCCGUCAAGCAGCAUAUGAGUGCCGAAUACAGCGACCGGGACAGCCGGGACUCGUUCUCGGGCUAUUCAAGUGGCAUACCUGCAAGUGUACAGGACGGUUGGGACCCCACCGCGGCCUCCAAACCAUGGUCCGGUGGUCGUGCCACCAGCAGCAUGUACAGCAAUGCCUUUCCUAUGCCUCCUACUCCCAGCGAACAUCGGCCACCGAUGCCACGACACGUUCCCAGUGGCAUAAGCCAGCAACCGCAACUGGACAGGGCAGACACUUCGGACAUGAGCUGGCUGAACAUUGGCCAGCAGCAGCAGCAACAACAACAACAACAACAACAACGCAACUAAUUCCCGUUGCACGCUCUCCAACAACUGCGACACUGACGGUUUAUUAAUCACUCAUACCCCACCCACUUUGAAUAAACCCUUCGAGUUACCUGCGGUUUCGCGUAUUCCUCAUCAGGCGGAAGCAUACUAUAGAGCUUUCUGUCAUUAUAGAAAGGGGAUGGUGGCAGCGGUGAAACUGAUGGCGACAAAGAGUGUGCGAUGCCAGCCGAGCCACACGGUGUCGCUGCUACUCGCCAAUGCCCAUGGCUAAAAAUCCAAGACGACUUGCGCCCUGGUCGGUUUCAAGGCCGCCUUCAGCCACAGCAUCAGUCUCACCGCAGACACGUCGGCAUCCCCGAAUCUCGUUCAUCACCGCAUCACCGCAUCAUCGGAUCAGCGUCAAGCGUGUUUGUACUAUCACAACUUUCAAUUCGCAUUGCACAUAUUUAGAACGGCUCGAUCUUUUUUACGUCAUGUCUCUGUUGUUGGCCCAGGUUAGGCCAGUCGAACUAUACAUACACUCGCUCAUGCUCUAUGAUAUCCACGCAACCACGUCCUCAGCAUACAAAUGAUCGGACUGGCGGCACAGCUACAUCAUCUCGGAAGCGUUGUUGCACUUUUCCUUUUCUUAUCCGUUUCCUGAAAGUUGAAAUAUUCUCGGUGGUCAGAUAAUAUGCAUGAGCACGCCUCGAGCUAGACAUCUCGCGACGUCAGAGGGGGUAUCGCCGUCGUGGGCGCGAGGCGGUUGAGGGGGAAACAAGGGGACGAUUUGGGGUGCAAAACUCGGGUGCAUGUGGAUCUACCUGACUAUCUGUGUAUCCUGGCGUAUGAUACCGACAAAAGCUAGAGUAGUCCGUGAACGUGAAUACAUUCAAAAAUCAUACCACAA